GGUUGCUGGAUAAAAAGCAUCGAUGAGCUGCGCUUUGGGGCGUCAGAUACUUUUCACACCUUUCACACAUCAUUUUGAGGCGCUUCAAGUUUCUCGCGACAGAACUGAAAUAACUUGUUUCACUGUGUUAAUGUAAAAGCAUGACGACGCGCUGCACCCUUCAGAUGAGGUGUGAAGCAUCUCAGCACCUCCAGCAGCAGCAUCCACUGAAGCUGAAGCCGCCCGCUGCUUCCUCCUGAAUGAGCAGUCUGUAUUUCGCUGGUCGGUACUGGACGUGUUUAAAAGAAGCGCACCGCUUGAUGGGAUGCCCGGAUCGCUUUUUUCUCCCUUUUUCUUAAAAGAAGAGUGGUGAUAAAUUCGUCAAAUGGAGUAAAAAAAAAGGAGGAGCAGCCCAACCAUCAAGUCCAUUUCAAGUUGGAAAAAAUAAGCCUGUCGCCUGUGCUCUCGAGCUUUUCUGGAAACCACCUCAGGCUCUCUUUCCCCAGACAGGGGGUUGAACAUUCUGCAGAUGAUGCUCCAUGACGAAGCCUAAGCUAUGUAGUAUGGGUACUACAACGGAGAAUUGUGACGCUAGGAACCUGAAGAAGCUUUCGGGAUGCAGCAUCCCAGCAAACCUUUGUACAGCUGAAAAAAGCUCUAAGGAUGUGAAAGAAUUAUCCACAGGAUGACAAGAUUUUUUUGGUAGACUACAUCAUGUAACUGUGAUUUUUCCAACAUUAUUAAAGACACAAAUAGCAGCCGAGAAUCAGCGAAUUUGAUUGAAGGUUUGGUCAGAAGAUGCUGUUUCCAGCUGGCUGCUGGUUGGAAAUGAGAUAAGAGCACGGGAAGACAAAAAAGGAGUGCCUGUCUAAAUACCAAUUAGGAUUUGUCUCUCCAGCAGCUACACCAGUGAGGCAAAUCAAUAUCAGGUAGGCUGAAUGGACUUAUUGACCUGCUUCACUUAGGAACAUUAGCUGUGGAUGGAGUUAGAUGUUUGCUAAAGGUAUGAAUAUCAAACAAGGUCCUGCAUUUCCCACUGCCAAAACCACGAUGGCACCGAACAGCCUGCUCAGUGCCACGCUGAGGUGGUGAGGCUGGCUGAAACCUUAGGGGAAGGGUUCAAAGGAGCGGAGGAGGCAUGGAGCUGGACAACAGCUCUCUGGACUCCUUUACCAGCAACUACACAGAGACCCCCGACACCGUCACGCCGCCGCCCUGGAGCGCCGCCACGUUACUGGGCCUCCAGAUCUCCCUGUCUGCACUGCUGGCUGUCGUCACCCUCGCCACCGUGCUCUCCAACGCCUUCGUCAUCGCGACCAUCUUCCUCACCAGGAAGCUCCACACACCGGCCAACUUCCUGAUCGGCUCCCUGGCCGUCACGGACAUGCUGGUGUCUAUUCUGGUCAUGCCCAUCAGCAUCGUCUACACUGUCAGCAAGACCUGGUCGCUGGGGCAGAUCGUCUGUGACAUCUGGCUGUCGUCCGACAUCACGUUCUGCACGGCCUCCAUCCUGCACCUGUGCGUGAUCGCGUUGGACCGCUACUGGGCCAUCACGGACGCGCUGGAGUACUCAAAGCGCCGCACCAUGCGCCGGGCGGCGCUCAUGGUCGGGGUGGUGUGGGUGAUCUCCAUCUCGAUCUCCAUGCCCCCGCUUUUCUGGCGGCAGGCCAAGGCGCACGAGGAGCUGACGGAGUGCAUGGUGAACACGGACCAGAUCUCUUACACCCUGUACUCCACCUUCGGCGCCUUCUACGUCCCCACGGUGCUCCUCGUCAUCCUCUACGGGCGGAUCUACGUCGCCGCCCGCUCCCGCAUCUUCAAGACGCCGUCGUCCUCGGGGAAGCGCUUCACCACAGCACAGCUCAUCCAGACCUCGGCGGGCUCCUCCCUCUGUUCUCUCAAUUCGGCCUCCAACCAGGAAGCCCACCUACACUCGCUCAGCGCGGGAGGCGGCGGCGGUGGAGGUGGAGGAGGGGGAGGAUCCCCCCUGUUCGUGAAUAGUGUGAAAGUGAAGCUGGCAGACAACGUGUUGGAGAGGAAACGUCUGUGUGCGGCUCGGGAGAGGAGAGCGACCAAGACGCUGGGCAUCAUUCUUGGCGCGUUCAUCGUCUGUUGGCUGCCGUUCUUUGUGGGCACGCUGGUCAUGGCCAUAUGUAAAGGGUGCUGGUUCGAUCCGGUGCUGUUUGAUAUAUUUACCUGGCUGGGAUACCUGAACUCCCUCAUCAAUCCUGUCAUCUACACUGCAUUCAACGACGAGUUCAAACAGGCUUUCCAAAAACUCAUCAAAUUCAGACGGUUCACCUGAAAAAAAGACGGAUUAAAACCCUCAGUGCAAAAAGAGCAAACUAGAUGCAAACUAGAAAAUCAUGAUAAUGGAAGUACUGACACUUAAAUAUCCCACCUUGUGAAAACAUGCUAAUUGUGAUAUGUUUUGGAUUUUAUAUCAAACAACUCUGUGCCAUAGCUCUUUAGAAAGCAUCCUCCGUUUAGACUGAUUGCAUGCAUGCAAAAAAUUGAAAAUCUUCAGCCCAGUCUAUUUCAUGUUAUCGGUACACUAAUGCAGGCGUAAUAAUAUGGAAACAGCUAACAAAGAGAGAUGUGAUGUAGUGUUGCGCAAAUGAAAAGCCAUGAAAAAUAUGUUGUCUUAAUCUUUGCUUCAUUCUGUAUGCUGCUACUUCCAUAUAAUGUUUCUGUGGUACAGUAAAGUACUUCGAAAGACAGCAAAACUUUGGAAAUUUAUUAUAUCUAUUGCAGUAUAUGCAAUUUGAAAGUGGGACACUGUAUGUGUAUGUACAUGUGUGUGUGUAUGUGUGUGUGUGUGUGUGUGUGUGUGUGUGUGUGUGUUACUUACUGUAAUAUAUGCGUGGAUGAGGAAGGGAGGAUUGUCAAGUGUUUGAGCUAUAUACCUGCUACUCUCCAGCGAGGCUCGUCUUGUCCUCACAGAGACAGAAAUGGAAACAGCAUUUUCACUCUCCUUCUGAAUUUUAAGUAACAGCCAAUACCAUAGCAACAGCAACAAAUAAACCCUUUCAAAGGGGGUAUGAAAUGACAAGGUAGAAGCAAAUGAUGAAAAUCCCGGGAAGUGAGGAACAUCUGAGAUACAUUUUGAGUGAUUUAAUGUGUUUCUUCUGUUAUGUAGACUCUUGUUCUUGUUCUUCAGUGGUGUGACCGAGGUCAUUGGAAAGCAAAGCUAACUCACUGGUGUUAAACAUGACCACGACAAAGAACAACCGGGAUAAUGUUUUAAUAGUGUAUUUUUCCCGUAUAGAGAUAAACAAAGAUACAAUUACUCAAAAAUAAUAUGUAAACGCACUUCAUAAAUUUGAGUAAUGAUAGUUGAUUUAAAUGCUGUAAUCUGAUUAGUCAUGAUACACAAGAAAUUAACAAAACGUUGCCUUUAAAAUGUUGGUUCCGCACAUUGGAGUCAUGGAUAUUGAACACAGUGAAAAUCAUGAUGUUUAUUUUCUCAGGCGCAACAUUUCAUUCACUUUUAUGAAUAUGCAGCAGAAUCACUCUCAAUAUUUAACAUUAACAUCAGAUCCAACCUUUAAUGCAAAAUUUACUUUUUCUCAACACUGAGGCUUGCAAAUUUGAAAAGAUUUAACAUUUUUCAGACAAGAUGACAAAAAACAUGAUGGGUUCUUUGCUGCAUGUUUCCUUUAGUAUGUUAUCAUAUCAGGAAUGAUGUGACUGUUAUGUUUGACAAAAAAAGAACAAUGUCACCUUAUUAAAUAAUCCAAACAAUACUUUGAAACAAUAAAGAAGUGCUGAAUGAAUUUAAAAGAAAUGAAUAUGUUUAAGGCUGACACUUUAAACACAGCACAUCAUCCCAUAGAUGAGUUCAGCGUACAAAAAAAUACUUUAAUUGCUAUACAUUUACUUCAGCCAUUCCUAUGUGGAGCACUUGUAAAAUAUGUUUCAUCAAUAAUGACCACAGUUCAUCUUAACGUUGUAGUAAACUGUUGAAGUUGGAUAAUCUUCAUGUUUCCCCCCUGGAGUGGUCCCAGUUCAGUCUGUGCCAGCUGCUUGGGUUCAAGAGGCUGUUGCAUUCAAGUCCAAAUCAAUUUGACCAACCUUUAAUCAGUCCUGCAAGACACACCAUGUUACUGUGCUAGAAAGACCCCAAAUAAUGUAUCAUUCAUUGGCCAUUUGUUUGUUUCCAUAUGCAAAGAGAACAGUGGUCUCAACAUCUCAUUGACAUUAAAUCAGUUAUGUUUGUUCUUUUCUUCCCUCAAGAAAUAUCAUCAUCAAUUUCUAAAACAUGAGUCACCAAAAACUUGCUUCUACUCCUGACAUGUCUGUUUCUGAAGUUGAAUUGGCAGUGACCCACAAUAACAUAAUACAUCAUCCCUUAAAACUAAACGGUAGUCUAAUAUUUCUGAAUACUGCUGAAACGGGUAACUGUGACUUUUUCAACGAAUAAAGGAUAAUGGUUUAAUAUUAACAGAUGACAUGUGAUGAUAACGUUUUGACAAGAGUCUUUGGAGCUUUGGAUAUUUGUAAUCGAGGGGCAUCUACCCCGAGCAUCACAUCAAGUGUCGGGACGCAUUAAUUUAUCACACCCAACCACCGCUGAUGAGGCUUGAUAGAAUGAUGAGUAUGUGGCAGAGAGGGGGGGAUGUGGAAGGGUGAAUAACAGCCGCAUGAACGCACUAAGCAUGGAGAGACAAUCCCAUUUAAAACGGGACGGCAGCAAGAUGAAAGGCUUAUGAAGUAAUUGUGUUCCUGCGUUAUCGGAUAACGGAGACCAGCCGAUCAGAACAGCUGAUAUCAAAAGGCCCAAACCAUGACAGCAAGGAAGUUAAGAGAGAGCCUGAGAGGAGCUAAUGGCAUUUAUGAGGAAUAAGCUACAGGCCGAUGUAUGCAAGUAUAGGCUUUUUGACUAAAUUUACACUACAGUUGUAUUGGUUAUGUACUCAAUACUUGGUCAAUUUAGGAAAGAUUUAGGACAAACUUUACUGUUGUAUUCCGCUAUCUAAAAGGUAACCUGGAUGUUAAUAUGUAUCCUUAAUCCUUUUUAGGAUCUUUUGUAAUUGAAUGUAAUGUGAAGUAAAUUAGCUUUGGUUGAAUCUGAAAGUUGGACAAAUGUGAAAAGGGGGAAAAAUGCAUUCCUCCGUUUUUAUUUGGACAUAAAAAGCCACAGAUUUGAAUAUAUAAUGAAUUGUCAUGGGAGCUAAUAGCUAGAGUUACCAAAAUGAUUACACCGUGAAUGUAAAAAUCUCUGUGAAGAGAGGCCACAGGGUUGGGAGUGUCGUAUUUAACAGUGCUCACCUAAUAAAGCCUAAUUAUUCAGCCCGUCUGCUAUUGAUCUGUGCCUAUGGCUGUCACUGAGGUGAACAAAUGUGUCUGAACUAAUUAGCCUUCAGUGAAGGAACUGAAACAAAUAUAGAAAUAUCUGCAAAGACGCAAAAGGAGCGUCGUGACCGCCGAGUUAAGCCCAGCAAUUGUUACAUUCCAGCAUCGUGUUUCUUCCUCUGCUGGGUGCUCUCAAGUAAAGCCCAGGAUACCCCAAAAUAAUGCAUACUGAAUGCAGCGGAGAGUAGUUCCGUC